AUGAAUGCCAGAAUGUACUCCUUCAUGGUGGGCGUCUUCUCUGUCCUCAACACCAUCCAAUUCCUCAUCUUUGACCUGAACCAGAUUACGUUCUUUGGCUACGAGGAAGACCGGUUCAACAUCUACACAGAAGUCAAGCCCGGGCUAGUCUUCUGGCUCAUGGCUAGGAGGGAGAAGAUCAGCACCUGCCUCUCCAUUAUCACCAUCAUGGUCAGCUGCCUCCUGCUCUAUUGCAUCCACAUGAACAUCUACCUGGGGCUGAUGAUCUAUGCCAUGUGGAUUUUCACCUAUGAGAUCAUCAGCUUCUCCAUGGUCCUGCUCAUCAACAGGACCACCAAAGAACAAUUCAAGGAGCUGAGUUACCUGAACUUGAUCUUCCAAAUCUCCCGCAUGAUCCUGCACUUCUGCAGUCUACCCUACAUUGCUAAGCAUGCAUACUGUCUUUACAAGGAUCGUAAGAUUGCAGGCAAGCCAGUCAGCCACAGGCGCGCCUCCGUCAGUACCGUCGACUCGUGGUCCCCAGUCGGGCUGGGAACAUUGUACCGCAAGCCCAACUGAACCAUGCCAGGAAGGAGAGAGAGAGAGGGCAGCAGUCCCCGACCACGGGGACCUCCUUUCCCUGCUGGUCUUCUGUUGAUGAUGCUUGCCUUUUCGAGUUCUUGAGUUUUCUGCACAGAGGAG